CAACACACUCCUCUGCUGAUUCCUGCAGUCACCAGUCCAUAACAGCUAGAAACCUGUCACAUGGCUAAUCCUUGGUGGAGUGGGAAUAAUGUAAAUAUGAAUCAAAUGGAGAUUAGCAACCAGCUUGUGCUGAUGAGGAGCGGCAGCGGGCAAGAGUUUAUGCCCGCCGCCGGAGACACCACCAGUAGUGGGAGUCAGAACCGCGGAAGCGGCGGCGGCGCCCAAGACGAGGAGGAGGAGUACAACGGGGAGGAGCAGAACGCGGCCGCAGCUCCUUCUGGCCGGCGGGGCAGGGGGAGGCCGCCGGGGUCGAAGAACCGGCCGAAACCUCCGGUCAUCAUCACGAAGGAGAGCCCGGACUCGCUCCGGAGCCACGUCUUGGAGAUCAGCGGCGGGUGCGACGUCGUCGGAAGCCUCGCCGCCUUCGCCCAGAAACGCCGCCGCGGCGUCUCCGUCCUGAGCGGGAGCGGAGCCGUCGCCAACGUGACCUUCCGGCAGCCCGCGGUGCCCGGCGGGGUGGUCACGCUGGAGGGAAGGUUCGAGAUACUCUCGUUGUCCGGCGCGUUUUUGCCGGCUCCGUCGCCCGCCGGAGCCACCGCGCUCACGGUGUACUUGGCCGGCGGACAAGGGCAGGUCGUGGGCGGGAUUGUUGUCGGGUCGCUUGUGGCCUCGGGUCCCGUGUUGGUGAUCGUGGCCACCUUCACCAAUGCGACCUACGAAAGACUUCCCCUGCAGCCGCCGGAGGGAGAGUGGGCCCCGCCGUCCCCCACCGGAGGACGGAAAACCACGGAGGCUCCCCCUCCGGCGGCGGCCCCAUUGUACAACUUACCACUCAACUUGCUAUCCAACAAUGGCCAUAACAAUAUACCCCAUGAAUUCUUUUGGUCUAUUGACUCGACCCCUCUCCCACGCCCUCCGCCCUCGAAUUAUUAAGGGCGCGUUUGGGAGAGAGCGUUGAGAUUGGAGAAGUCAGAGCGGUCGCGUAGCGUGGAUGAUUUUAGACCGCUCUGACGGCUCUAAUUUCUCAUCAUUGGUAAUAUACGAAAAGAAUUGUGUGUAUUAAUGUUUUAUUUAAUGUUUCUAUGUUAGGAACCCAUAUUUUUUUUAUGGGGGUGGAGGUUUUAGUAGAUAUACAAAACUUAAGAUAGAGCAAGCUUGAGAUUUUCUUUGUUAGACAUUUUGUGUAUUGUAUUCCUCUAAUAUGUAUAUUACCCACUCAUGUUUGAAUGUUGCAUUGUUAUACACCUUUAGGCUUAAAAAAAUCUUUAUCCGAUCUUUUUUUUCAUCCGUCUCAACAAACUGUUCUCAUUUCU